CCUCAGGGGGACGGGCUCGGCUGGGCAGCGCUCCUGCGGCCGUCCGGGGCUCGGCGAGAAGCUUCCGGCAGCCGCGGGCCCCCCGGUGAGCCAGCGGGACCGCAGCGCCUCGGAAGGCGAGGCUCGACGGGCGGCGUUCUCCCCGGGCUAGCCGCCGCGGGGAAGAGAAGCGCCUCAGGCUCCUGCCGGUUCACCCGAAGGGACGCUGUAGGCUCGGGAAAGCGGUGCGGCAGUGCCGGCAGCUGUCUCGGUUCCUCUCAUAAAGUCAUGCCGGGCUCGCUUCCGCUAAGUCCCUGAUAUCUUCCACCGCGGGAAGCGUCCCCAGAAAGCUGUAAAGGCAACCCGGAGCCAGGGAGCAGAGAUACCCGGUUCGUAUGGAGCAGCCACGCGUGUAUCUGCGCUCAUUUACGCGCACGGGCUGCUCGCAGAGGCUCGGGCCGCGAUGUUAGGCACUCGAGUCGGCAGUCCCGCAGCACCAGGCAGAGCAGCGGCCAGCACAACCCGGCUGAGGUUCUGGAUGUAGGAAAUAUGGAUGAGUGGCAGAGUAAAAGCCCUUUAGACUGGGAAACGUAUGUGAACAAAAUGGUGAAAGUUGCUGCAGUUGAGAAACAUGAAUAUGAAGGAUGGGUAUUAACAGUUGACCCCAUUUCUGCCAGCAUUGUCCUGGCAACAUUCCUGGAGGAUGAGAAAGUGUCCAUCACGGUUGUCUUGGGCCAUGCUAUCCAGGAGGUGAAAGUACUGAAAGAAGGGGAUGAUGACAUGAAGCAGCGGCUUUCUUGCAUAUUUGAACCCGAAGAAAGCAAAACCUACAGCCCAGAAGAACUUGAAAAGAGGAAGAAUGACUUGAAAACUUGGCUAGAAACGAACCACAUCCCCAUCACGGAGCAAGGUGAAUCGGGAAGAACCCUGUGCGUGGCGGGGGUGUUAACGAUUGACCCUCCGUACGGCCCAGAAGAGUGCAGCAGCUCCAAUGAGAUCAUUCUGUCUCGGGUUCAAGGCUUGAUACAGGGCUACCUCGAAAGAAAAGCAGUGAUGCCUGCUGUUUAAAGCAACUGUCUUUAGGAAUGGGCCUGCCUGCCCUGGGUAUACAUAUUCACCACUUGCCAAAACGAUGGGUGUUUUUAGAGACUUAUGGUUUAUUUUUGUAUGUGAAGAAUGGGAUAAAACAAGCGGCAUAAACUAAAAGCACAAAGUGUUUCUGUGCACUGUUUGGAUGAUGAUGGUGUAUUAAACUGCUACAUCAGUUUACUAUAACCAGUACUAAGCUGAUCUAUCAGUUUGAUAAGUAUUUUUGUAACAUUAUUGUGAAAGGUUACAUGUGAUAAAUUUAAACUCUGUCUUGAAAAUAAAUGUAACAAUCUAGU